ACUGCAAAGCAAAGGGAACACGGCAACGGAUUUAGAUAAGGAUUAUCGCUGUUACAGUGGUUUCACAGUUAUGCAAAAUAAGAAAAUGCAAGAGGAUUAGUGACACGCAUCAAGUGGAGCAAAAUAGCAAAACAGAGUGAGAAAGCGAGAUGCGGCUCGCCUCAGAGAUGAAAGAGAUGCUCAUGUUCAUGAAGAGACAUUGAACACAAGGAAAUCCCAAGCUCUGAAAUACAUUUAAUAUGCUACAAGAUUGUUGUUGUUCUUCACUGCCGUCGGGUAUUUAGCGAAAGGUUCCCUGAAGUCUUUGAGCCGUAAGAGCUCCGAGUACAUUCUGCCACAAGUACUUCUGUCAUCGAGGGGAUGUAACGCCACUGUCGAGUUUUCACUUAAUCCUCUCACAGGUAAACGGCGGGACAUUUUGCCGGAGGAAUUUUGCGCUCAAAGAGUUUUUAAACAGAAUGUGAAUAAGGUAUCACUGGUAGAGCUUGCUAGAGAAUGAAGCAUCUGGAAUAGGUCUCUGCCUUUUUUUUGUUGGAACAAUGGCAGCAUGAAAUCGUAGACUCCAGGUUUUUUUCACUUACCUGGAAGGAGGGCAAGAUGGCAAAGCCCUUCUACAGGCUUCAGCGCUUCUUGCGACGGACUCAGCUGCUCUUCUUGUUUCUUGGUGUCGCAUACAUUAUGGCUGGAAGUGUCCUCCUUCUGCAGAGACAUGGAUUGGUGGUGUCACAGCGUGGGACGAGCAGUUACUUUCCAUUGCCGUCUUUGCCAUCUCCUCCCAGGGCCCUGGAGGCACCUGCCCUCCGGACAAGUUAUGGAAUAAUGGGAGCUCGGCUCUCCGGAAAGGGGGUGCGAUACCAAAGCGUUUUAUCCGAAGACAACGCUGGACCACAAUGGCUGAUCUCACGAAACCAGGAGAUCCGAUAUCUGAGACGUCGCUGGUUCCACAGCCUCAUGUCCGAACAGGAAGCAUCCAGAGUGGAGAAAGUUCUUCCGAAAAGAAAAAUCCGACACAAAGGCACGUACAUUGGCUGCUUUCUGGAUGACGCCAAAGACCGGGCGCUCAAAGGGAUGGUGUUUUAUGACUUCCGGAAAAUGACCAACACCUUGUGUCAGGACACCUGCACGGAAAGCGGGUACCAGUUCGCUGGCCUUGAAUAUGGGUCCGAGUGUUACUGUGGAAACCGCAUCACAAGCGCUCGGAUGAAAGAGGAGGGGUGUAACUUGGACUGCAAAGGCGAGAAGGGCGCCAUCUGUGGAGGUGUGUCCCGUCUGUCCGUUUACAAGGUGGAGGAGGUUCAUUCUGGCCAGCGGAGAUACAGGAACGUGCGCUACCGGGGCUGCUUCAAAAAACCUGACAACUCAACAGCAGCUUCCCUGGCUCAUGCCAUCCAGCCCAACCUCACCUCCCAGUGGUGCAUCCAGAACUGCAUGGAUCAGGAGUUUCCUCUGGCCCUGGUCAGGAAGCCCGACUGUUUCUGUGGCUACGCCACUCCUCGCUUCACUCUUCACGAGCCGGUGAAAGAAGAGCUCUGUGCUGUGGAAAACAGCAGUCUGCCUACCCAGGGUUCCCGUCAGCUCUUCCUCCAGGUUUAUCAGACACCUGUUCAAGAUUCCAGAUGCACAGAGAAGAAGUUUCUACCUGAGAAGUCCAGCUCACUGGUGGCUCUGUCCAGUUUUCCUGGUGCGGGGAACACCUGGGUGAGGCACCUGAUCGAGCUCGCCACAGGCUACUACACAGGCAGUUACUACUUUGAUGGCACCCUCUACAAUAGAGGCUUCAAGGGUGAGAAAGAUUACUGGAAGAGUGGAAGAACCAUCUGUGUGAAGACACAUGAGAGCGGCCAGCGGGAUAUAGAGAUGUAUGACUCAGCAAUACUGUUGAUAAGAAACCCCUACCGCUCACUCAUGGCUGAGUUCAACCGCAAGUGCGCCGGGCAUCUUGGUUAUGCUUCUGAUCAGCACUGGAAAAGCAAAGACCGGGAGAAACCAACCCUCCCCUUCACCUCUCGUGAUCGGCAGACGAGUGGAGGUAUAGCUGGGGUUCUCGAUCACGCCACAAGAGCUCCGCGACUCAUUAGCCAAGAGACUGAUCGGUGCGUGGGUGUGGAGAGCGGGAACAUGCUCUGA